UUGGCUCGGUCUGGUUAGUUGUAGCAGCUUCAACCACUACUGCUUGUAGCCUCUUGGAUUGGUAGUGGACCUCCGCUUGGUCAGUGCGAUGAUUCGACGCGUGACGCAAACACUAUCAGUUUCUUCGCUCUAACAAAACCAUAGAACGACUAUUCUCCUAACUUUAGUAGAAGAAAGGACACGAACUGUUCCACCACGUCCAACAUUAGAACGCGUUUUCGGGUCUCCAAUAAAUUAAUACAUUUAGUUUCAUACAGGAAGACGCGAUGGAUUUAUCAACUUGUACCAAAAUCUUUGCAGUUUUGGCAAUUUACAUCUGCAUAACUGGUGCCGUUGUCAAAACCAACAAUAACCAAGAUUGCCCAAAUUGCGUUGAUGACUCAACGGCGGCGGCUAACAGAUGGACUAUGCCGUUACUAAAAUAUGGGGAGAAACGGUAUUACCUAGGGAUUUUCUUCAAGGCGAACUAUUAUAGAGCUACACAGUAUUGCCGAUUCCACGGUAUGCAUUUGGCUAGCAUUAAUUCCCAGGAGGAAAACGACAAGCUCGAGAAAUACAUUAAGGACUUUGGUCUAGGCCACGAGCACUUCUGGACUUCUGGUACCGAUCUGGCGCAAGAAGGUUCUUUCUUCUGGAUGUCCACAGGCAGACCGAUCACUUUCACCAAUUGGAACGCAGGCGAACCAAAUAAUUUCCAAUACGAGAACGGCGAGGAAGAGAAUUGCAUGGAGCUGUGGAAUCGUGAUGGAAAGGGCCUUAAAUGGAACGACUCGCCCUGCUCGUUCGAGACCUACUUCGUGUGCGAAGCCCAUGAAUCGUAGCGCAACAAAACGCACUCACUUCAUCAUUACCAAUUUAGAUGAUAGCACAGAAACGAUAUUGCAGAACGACUUCGAAUUUUCGCGUAUAAAAGAAAAGUGAGAAUA